AUGGAAAGAACGCAAUCAGCACUUAUGGAUGUUGAUAAAAACUACUACGAUAUAAGAGAUAUAUUGGCGUGCAAACAAAGUCUUAAAUGUUUAUUCUCCAGUCCUCUUCCUCGAGAGAUCUUCCACUUAAUUGGUCAAAGAGCCCCAGAUAUGGAAGGAGGUUUCUUUCGAGCAGAUUUGCCACUUUUCAUGAUCAGGACUUUGCCGAAUUGUAGGGUUGUACCUCCAACCGAAUUCAGUCCAGUACAAAUGCAAGUUUUGCGUGCAGCACCAGAGCAUGUCGAUGUGAUGCAUUUGAAUCAGUUCUACUUCAUCCUUUCGAAACAUAUUGUCAGAUUAAUUCCAGAUGAAGAUGGACGCUUUCUGGCAGAAACAGCACUGUUUUCAUUUCUUCAGCGUAGUGGUUGGAUCUUAAACUGUGCGUUGCAUCAAGGCGCAAAGCCAAAGAAAAUUGACUCAACUGAAGUGCAACUUUAUCGAGAAGCACUCAGGUGUGCUAUGCAGUUCAGUCGCUGGUUCAAUUCGAGGCAAGCCAUUUGUCGUAAAAGAGACGGUAGUCAUUUAGAUUGA